GUAAUUUGUCAUGCGCAUGCAAUCAUCACAGUCAAAGUAGAUAUAGGCUAAUAUGGGUAUUAUUCCAUAUGACCAGUGAGGUCAUGACCAGCAUUUACAUACACAGAGGUCACAGAUAGCAUUAUCAUUUAGUUGGCAAUAGCAUUUUACUACUAUACCUCUAUACCUGUUUGUUACUAGUUGAAAAAGAACGAUGUCUGGUAGAUUUGUCGAAGGAGCUCUUAGAUCCUUAGCUGUUGGAGCUGGAAUCGGAGCUGUGGUAGCGGGAGGUUUCACUAUCGAUCGAUACCUCAGCAUUGCCAAACAGCCAAUAGACACCACGGGCUUAAUCAACAUCUUAAGUUCCGAUGUGCUGAUGUACACACAGUUGUCUGCUGGACUGGCCAUAGGGCUGGGAGGUCUGAGUCUGUUCCUGUUGUUCUCAGCUGUGCUGAGGAUUGGUAAAUUUCAACUUGGAAAUGCCGGAAAAUUCAUCCUUGUUUUGGACAUUGUGAUCAUCUUCCUUUGCUUGGCUGGACUCGGAGCUGGUGGUGUGCUCGGUGCUAUCGGAGCGAACUCUUGGACAACUGACAUCAUCAACCCUAUUCCUGUCGCCCUGCAACCUGUUAUCAACGUCCUCGUUCAAACGAGAGAUUCCCUAGCAGCAACUGCAGCUGUCUCUCUGUUUGGUUGUCUGAUGUUUAUUCUGUUGGAGCUGUGGGUGGUUAUCUUUGCCUCAAGACAUUGGACAAAUCUGCAAUAUAAUAGUGUUAUUUGAACUGCUGUUAACUUCUGUUAACUAUAUAUACAGUGUUCUCUGUAUAUAAUUAGUGUGCCAUAAUGAUUACUUCAUACACUAAGAUCUAUAUGCUAUCAUUG